CAUCGAUCUAUUUGUAAUCCGCAGUACUCCGUUCCUUUAAGCAAAACCGACCCCUCUCUCUCUCUUAGUAUACUUUUAGUGUUUCAAACGCUUACAGGCUCACUUUUUCGAGUAGAAGCCGUAAAAGCAUCAGGAACUGAUUGAAGAACGCCGCACUCUCCAGGCUUUGUGGACCUGCUUCUUCCCUACGCUUCGACGGCUGUACACCGAGCCCCCCUUUCGACUUUUCAAGUUUCCAAGCGACGCUCCCAAAGUAUCUUCCUCCGUUUCUUAUCGAGAGCUUGACCAAGCAUGUCUCGUCGUCGUGGAGAAUUCGAGCACCGUACUAGUAUCUUUGAAGGAGCUUUCCGCGCCUGGUCUCAUCUGGGAGGUCUCGACCCCGAAGACCUGGAAAACAGACCGGUGACGGAAACCGAUCCGCUCACCAACCCCAUUGAGAACGAUCCUCGCCUCGCUUCCCAGAAGAAAAAUGGCGAAUUGAAGGAAGGCGGUCUCAACCUGGACGGCAGUCGCUGCCGCGAGUACCCCUACGAACCCUUGCCGCGUGCCGGACUCUCGCACCCCUACGUCCAAGCCAUUCUGAGUCCUUGGCUCGGUCCGGAUGCCGACAACGAAGCCAUACAGCUCGGUCUCACUACGCUUCGUACCUGGUGGCAGCAUCGUCGUAAGGGCGAAAGCGGGUCCGCCAUGGCUGCACUCGGAACAGAAAAAAUGAAUGGCGUGGUGGAGGGCUACACGCGCCACUUUUACACCCUCGCUCACUGCUUGGUGAUCAACGACUCCGAACAGCCACCGCGAACGCUGUACGGAAAAAUGAAGGAAAUGGAAAAGAUGCGCAGCAAAAACCAAAAGAAGCGCAUUCGGGACGACGAAAACGUGCUGCACGGACUUUCGCUCGACGGCAAUUUUUCUGAGACGAAUACCACGGAUCCGAAUCAUUCAACAAUGGCAAGAAUCGAAGAAGAUUUGACAGAUACGACACUCUCACCUCUCGAGCGUUUGCACGCGGCUCAGCGUCGUCAAUUGGCCGAGUCGGGGGGCCUGCAGACCGCUGUGCAGGGCGAUUCCAACACUUUCCCGCGCAUUAACGUCAAAGGCAAGUGCAUUCCUGGCAACGUAGACUUGGGUGGGGUUAUGGAUGCGGUCAAUCGGCACGCGACGCAACUCGCGCAUCGUGGUAGUGGUGCCGCCGUGCCGCCACGCAUUGUUUCAAGCUCUGAUGAACAGUACGCGGAUCCGGGGCGCUACGGAGAUCCCAAUACUACCCCAGUCGUUUUUGUCAGCGGGACGGGAGACAUCCAAAUUGCACUCGGUGUGGAUGGGAUCACAUGUGCGCACUGCGUGAAAAUUGUGGAGACGGUACUGAAGGGAUGCAACGGGAAUAAGUCACCGAUUGACGGAUUGUUGGACGCGGCGGCCGAUCGUGAUUUGAUGCGUGUACUCAUCCGGAUUGAUCAAGCAAGUAACGCCAAACGGAUUGCCUUUGAAGCUGCGCGGAAUCUUGCCAUGGUGGGGUAUACGGCCAAGGCGAAGGAAAUGAGCAUUGUUGGUCCUGGUGCCGACAAAAAGGUGACCAUGGAUUUGGGAUCCCUGAGUACCGCCUUUGAAGUAGUCGCAAACACGGAUGAAAAGGACAUGUUUGAUUGGAGUGUCCCCUGUACGUGUCCCGAUAACGGUGUCUUGCGGAGCGAUUGCUCGCGCGUUUUCUGGGGAUUGCUUCGUAGUCAUUCUCAAAUGAACAAAAACAUAUUUGAGGCGUUUGAGAUGCGUGAACAGCAAGUAACUGAUUACAUGGCUGGUUGCGGGAUGAAGUACGGAAUGGACUGCACAUGUGGCCCUGGUUGCCGCUGCAAGAAUUGCCCAACUCAUUCAGUUUCAGAACAACUUCACAAUGACCCUUUCGGGAUGUCAGCGAACGACUCCAUCCAGGCCGAAUUCGAUGCUAUUCAUCCCCAACAACAUCAUUUGGAUGACCAACCGAUCCAUGUCGACCAACGGUUGGAUUUUUUUGGGAUGGGCCCGCCCACCAACGUCUCUUCUGUGCCCGUACACGCUGCUCACAUGUCUAUGGGCCAAGGCCCCCCUGCUGUACUUGCUUUCCCCGAUAGCAACUCCCGUAAUUUUAUGCGAAAUUCCUUCCAGGGUCGGAACUCGCUUACCGGUCAGAGAAAUUCUCUUACUACACAGAGGAAUCCUUCGAUAAUUUCUUUUGGCGGACCUCGCCAUAUGUCGAUCACUUCAGAGACUACUUUUGGGCGGGCCAUGUCAGGCCUGUCGGCUUUGUCCAUCGACUGGGAGAAUUUGGAUGACUUCGAUCUUGAAGUCGACCACAGUUCGCAUAUUACCAACCAACUCAGCUCGAUUCCAUCAAAAGUCAACGACGGAGGCAAUACACGACGAUCAAGUCUGCGCCGAUCUUUCGUGCAAACACCACAAGGUGGGAAUCAGUCGGACGAGGCGCACGUUUCGUUUAAAGUGUAG